UAGAGCAGAAGAAGGAGAGAGAGAGAGGAGGCAUCAUGGAUAGCAGGUUAUACACGGCGGCAAGACUUGGCAAAGUGGAAGUGCUUGAUCAACUUGGGGAUGAACAGUGUUUCCUCCUCCAAACAACUCCUCAGAAGAACACCGCCCUUCACUUAGCUGCAAAAUUCGGGCACGGUGGCUUUGUAAAAGAGAUGCUGAAGCGAUGCGAUUCACUUCUAAAGCAAACAAACAGCAAGGGUGACACUGCACUUCACGUCGCAUCCAGGAUGGGACAUGUGGAAAUCGUUAAUAUUCUACUAAAUCAUGAUCAUCAGCAUGGAAGCAGUAGCUGGAGAGGCGAUAUGGAGGAGGGACAGAACGAAGAAAAUGAAAUGGAGGAGGUAUUGAUCAGGAUGAAGAAUAAAGAAAACAACACAGCAUUGCAUGAGGCGGUUAGGCACGGAAACACACAAGUCGUAGAGGUGUUGCUACGAAGAGAUGAUGACUUGGCAUGCAUUGUUAAUAGCGCUAGCGAAUCACCGCUUUACUUGGCAGCGGAGAACGGAUCGCUGGAAAUCCUCAAGACAAUCUUAGCUAUCGCUGCUGUGAUCGUAGAGGGCGGACCCGAUGGUCGAACACCUCUACAUGCUGCUGCCAUAAGGGGACACUUUGAGUUGGUAGUAGAGCUGCUGAAUCUGAAAGAAUGCCCGGAGCUUAUCCGUCGGGCCGAUGCAUUUAAAAGCACCGCUCUUCACUACGCCUCAUCAGCCGGCAACCUUAAUAUAGUCCAGGCGAUACUGCAAACCGAUCCUUCCGUUACAUAUCUCUUAGACGAAGAUGGGUUGUCUCCUCUACACUACGCGGCUGGUUCCGGCCACACUCCAAUCGUCAACAAGAUACUGGAAUAUUGUCCAGAUGCGGCGGAACUUGUCGACAAAAGCGGCCAAAAUUCUCUCCAUGCAGCAAUCGAGAAUGAAGAGGUGGAAGUGGUUGAGGCGUUGCUGAAAAGAUCAGAGCUGGACGAACUCAUUAACGAGCCUGAUAAUCAAAAGGAUACUCCCCUACAUUUAGCUGUCAACAAGGAAAAAUAUGCGAUAGUGAAGCUUCUGCUAGAAACUUCUAAGGUGGAUCUCAGGGCUAUGAACAAAGAUGGAAGGACUGCUCUGGACGUCAUUGAGCUCAAAGAGGAGCGAUCAUUCCAGCAGGUUCUAAUGUGGAAAGCUUUGAAAAGGGCCGGAGCUGCAAGGGGCCAGCGCAGGCAUGGCCGAGAAAUGCGGCAACAACCAACAUCGAGACCAAGAGGAGCAGACAAGUCCUACAAAGCCAUGGCCAACACUCUUACAGUAGUAGCAGCUCUCAUUGCCACUGUUACGUACUCAGCUGUAUUUAUGAUGCCAGGUGGAAACAAGGAUCGUGAGGGGGCUACCACAUCCAUAAAUGAUGUAGCAUUCAAAACUUUUGUCAUAUCUGACACAAUUGCCAUGUGUACGUCUAUGAUUGUGGCACUUGUACUGGUGUGGGCAGUGCCAGACGUCCCGGGAAUGCUGGUUAAUGCAGUUGGCUGGGCGUUGUGGCUCAUGUGGAUCUCACUGGGAGGAAUGAUAAUUUCUUUUGUCACCGCAGUGUAUAUUGACGUAUCAAUCAAGUCUAGGUGGCUUGCCGUUGUUGUGUGCAUCAUGGGUUGCAGCGUUCCCUUCCUAGUCACGCCCAUCGUCACUGUAUCAGCUCGUCAAACUCCACAUGCCAAGAGAAAUUUCCAAUAUGAUCAAAUCCAGCAAUCACCAUUACCUUAAAUUGAAUUGUGGUGAGUGGUGAGUGGUGAGAAUCCUUUUACCUCCAUAAAUUAUAGAAUAUAGAUGUGUGUUUGUGAGUUUGUGUGUGAUGAGAAAGUCAUAUAUUGAUUCCCCAAACCCCAAAGGUACCAUUUAAUCACCAUUUUAUUUUUCAUAUGUACUGAAUAUGUUAGAGGUUGGAGCAUUAAUAACACUAUUAUUUUUUG